AUGAGAUGUGUAACAUACAAAUGUGUAUUAAUAUUUAUUAUAAUAAAAUGUGUCAAAUCACAAGACAAUAAUCCUGAUCAGCCUGCUGAUGAAGAGGAUGAGGAGGACAACUUUGAAGUUUUAGACCUAGAUAAAAUCAUUCAACAACGACUUGAUCGUUUUGAGGAUCCUCAAUAUCAACCUCAACCAGAACCUCAGUAUCAACCUGAACCAGAUCAAUAUCAACAAGUAUUACAGUAUCAACCUGAGACAACAUAUUAUCAACAAGAAUUAUCAGUAUAUCAACCUCAACAGUAUGAUCAGUAUCAACCUCAACAUUAUCAAUCGUAUCAAGCACCAACUCAUCCUACAGGUCAACAAUAUGUUGGUUAUCAAUAUUAUGAACAAUCAGGAGUUAGUCAACCAGGUCAAUAUUAUAUACCUCCAGUAACUCAACCUACUCAACAACCAAGUUAUCAAAAUUACUACCCUGGGUAUCCUCCACAUCAACCAUCCUAUCAACAUCAGUAUUACGAACCUCCAGUAACUCAACCUGCUCAACAACAACAGUAUUAUCAACCUAGUCAACCUACUCAGACUCAGCCUCAACUACCACAACCACAGUAUGAGUAUUAUGAACCUACUACUACUCAAACUCAACAACCAGAACAGUAUUAUGAUCCUAGUCAUCCUACCCAACAACAACAUUAUUAUGAACCUCCUCAUACUCAAACAGAAAAGAGGAUGAUAAUUUCCAUGUUACAGAACAUGAUCAUCCAUAUGCACAAAAAGAACCUGAACCUAGUAAGGAACAAUCUCAACAACCAGUACAACCACAAAAACAAAAAAAAGAAACCGAAGAAACCAAAACGAGCUAGAUCUCCAAGUGAAGAUCAAUCAGAAAAACAAGGUGAUGAACAACCUAUUAAAAGAAGAGGACCGAAUAAACCUAAAGUAUAUAAUGAAAUUAAAUUUUGUAAAAUUGAUUCUGAUGGAAAUCUUGUAAAAAUGACAAAUGAAGAUUAUGAAGUUACAUAUGAUGAUCGAAAUAAAACAAAAUAUUUAUUUUAUGCAGAUCUUGAGCAGAUAGAAUGUGACAAUCAAAUUAUCUACCUCCAUGAAGAUGGAACUCCAUAUUGUUCAUCAUUAACUUAUAGUAAAAAAACUAAGAUUGUUGUCAUUACUAAUAUUCAAGGAUUUAUAUUAAUUAAGAGAAUUAAAGGAGAAUGGACAACAACUGAAGAAAAGAUUCCAGAGUAUGUAAAAUUCUAUACAGAAGAUUCCGAAGGCAAAGAAAUUUUACUAACUAAAGAACAUUACAAAAUACGAAUUACACCCAGGUGUAAAAUGUACAAAGAUAAAAGCUGA